AUUUGUUACACAUGUCCAACACUGACAGUGAAUUUCGGAGCAUUAUCCGAGUUAGAUGUUAGAUUAGAUGACUUUCGAAGUGUUUUAUUGACCAAGUCAGAUCAAAUAAACUGCAGUACACAGUUGCCUGGAUUGUUUUGCAGCAUCCUUCGACUAUUUGAUGAUCGCAGAUAAUAGGACAAUUCGAGAAAAAUAAACAUCCUAUAGUUGACGUUAUGUUUUACCGUUUCUUAAAGAAAGUAUAAUUGUGAAUGAUAAAGAUACAAUGAGUGUUGACAACGUUAUCACCACAAUGGAAAAUAAUGUAAUGCCCGUUCCAAAAAUAAAACAUGAUUGGUAUCAAACAGAGACUCACGUUAUCGUGACAAUACUUGCAAAAAAUACGGAAAAUGUAAAAGUUGUGUGUAAAGAAAAUGCGCUAAGUGUAUCUGCAAAAUUGCCAUCUGGUAACGAAUACAGUUUAGAAUUAGAUUUGGCUCACCCGAUAGUAGUUGAACAAUGUACACACAAAGUAUGGCCAUCUAAAAUAGAAAUCAAACUGAAAAAACAAGAUGAUUUUAGAUGGACAGUAUUAGAGGGAAAUCCAGUUGAACAGAAAGUAAAACCUAUACCAAAUGAAAUACUCCAAGCUAGCCAACAAACAUCUAAAUAUCCAAGUUCUUCUAAAGUACAUAGAGAUUGGGAUAAAGUAGAAAAAGAAAUAGAAAAACAAGAAGCAGCUGAACAACCAGAGGGUGAUGCAGCAAUAAAUGCUCUCUUCCAACAAAUAUAUGGUAAAGGAUCUGAUGAAGUAAGACGAGCGAUGAACAAGUCCUUUAUAGAAUCUGGUGGCACUGUUUUGAGCACUAAUUGGGAAGAAGUGGGACAUGGAACAGUUGAGAGAAAACCACCAGAUGGAAUGGAAUGGAAAUCUUGGGACUCAUAAUUUCUGACAAAUUUUUAAAUAUCAGUUUUUCAGUGUUUCUCUUGUAUGCAAUAAUUAUAUUCAGUUAUCAUAUCAUUAAAUAUAAUAU